AUGUUUUUGGUGGUAAGACCAUGUGGUUCUUCUUCUGCGCGUAUUCAUCAUCUUCACCCCACUCCCACAUCGCACCGCAGCAGAAACGUCGUCGUUAGAUGCUCCAUCAGCAGCGUGCAGGAGAAGAAAGAGAGAGCCGAAUUGGAUUCGGCGCUGCAGUCUUCGCUGGCAUUCCCGCCUAUCAGGGCGGCGAAGAGGGUAGUUCUGGUGAGGCACGGGCAGAGCACGUGGAACGCGGAGGGGAGGAUCCAAGGAAGCUCCAAUUUCUCCGUGCUGACGAAGAAGGGGGAGUCUCAGGCUGAGACUUCACGCCAAAUGCUCAUAGACGACCACUUCGAUGCCUGCUUUGCCAGUCCUUUGGCUCGAUCCAAGAGAACUGCUGAAAUAAUCUGGGGACCUCGUCAGGAACCCAUCAUUCUGGACUUUGAUUUGAGGGAAAUCGAUUUGUACUCCUUUCAAGGUCUGCUGAAGCAUGAGGGAAAAGCAAAAUUUGGUUCUGCUUUUCGUCAAUGGCAGGUGGAUGCUGUGAAUUUCAUCAUUGAUGGUCAUUAUCCUGUUAGAGAGUUGUGGGAACGUGCUAGAAGCUGCUGGACUAAAAUCUUAGCUCAUGAUAGCAGGUCUGUUCUUGUGGUUGCUCACAAUGCUGUUAAUCAGGCUCUUGUUGCCACAGCAAUUGGUCUGGGGGCCGAGUAUUUCAGAACAUUACUUCAGAGCAAUUGUGGUGUUAGUGUGCUAGAUUUCAUCCCAAGAUCUGAGGGUGGAUCUCCACGUAUUUGCCUUAACCGCUUAAAUCAGACCCCUGGUUCGCCUAUUGCUGGUGGGAAAUCUGGUGGUAGAGAGACAAGUAAGCGGAUCAUACUUGUUUGUAAUGGAUCAACGCAAGGAAAUACAGAGGAGGGUUUUCCUUUUGGUGGUGACCAACCAUUAAACAUGCUUGGUGUCAUACAGUCACAGAAGUCUGCAGAGCUACUACUUGAUUUGAAAGUGAAUUCCAUAAUUAGUAGUUCUAACAAAGCUUGUGUUGGGACAGCCACUGUCAUCUCCCAGGUACAAGAAGCUGCAGAUUGCUUGGGUGCUGACUGUGUGCCUCGAUAUGUUGAGAUGAAACAGAUGGCGAGCCUUGAUGUUGAAACUAUCUUCAAACAAUCUGAAAUGGCAAGUAAUAAUAUAUCCAAUAUUCCGCAAUUUCAACCUGGUUGGUUAAAUAGAGUUGAUGAUGGAUUGAGAACAACAUUAUGGGAUCAAUCUGGAACAGCCUGGCGAUAUCUGUUGGAUGAAAUAUCUGAUGAAUCUAAGCCAGAGGAAGUUAUAGUUGCAGUUGGUCAUCCUGCAAUCCACAUAGCACUAAUGGGGCACUGCCUUAAUUUGACCAAAGAAUGGUUGGGGUCAUUUCAUCUUGAUGCAGGGAGCGUUAGUGUUCUUGACUUCCCUGAUGGAGCCAAGGGAAAAGGUGUCAUCAGGUGCAUAAAUUAUACUGCACAUUUGGGGAGAUGGUCCAUACCUAUCACAAGAUCAACAGAAGAUGGUGAAGAGUUUUAA